AUGGGUAGAAAGGAUGCUUCUACUUUAAAACUUCCUGUUGAUCAAUAUAGAAAGCAAAUUGGUAAACAAGACUACAAGAAAAAUAGACCUGUUCUAAGAGCAGCCAAGUUAAAAGCAGAAGCCAAGAAAGCAGCAAUCGGCAUAAAAGAAGUUGGCCUUCUCCUUGCAGCUAUAUUGGUACUACUGCUGGCUUUCUAUGCUUUCUUUUAUCUCAAAUUAUCCACUGAGGUUGACCCUGCCCUGGAGCUGAAUGAAAAUUAGCAGUGCAUUGAUCAUUGAGUCUCAGUCCCAUU